GAACGGCCGGCCACAACCCGUCAAAGAACAUCACCGUCAAAUGACUCACACAUGGAGGAUGGAUAUGAAUGCGAGAUGACAUAUAUAGAUUUGGACAGCCAAGUACAACAGGUCAAAGUACAUCACAUCCACAUGUCAUAGAAUUGCCGCCUAGAAAAGAACAGCCGGGCACAACCCGUCAAAGAACAUCACCGUCAAAUGACUCACACAUGGAGGAUGGAUAUGAAAUGCAAGAUGACAUAUAUAGAUUUGGACAGCCAAGUACAACAUGUCAAAGUACAUCACAUCCACAUGACUCACACAUGGAGGAUGGAUAUGAAAUGCAAGAUGACAUAUAUAGAUUUGGACAGCCAAGUACAACAGGUCAAAGUACAUCACAUCCACAUGACUCACACAUGGAGGAUGGAUAUGAAAUGCAAGAUGGCAGAGAAUUGCCGCCUAGAACUGAACGGCCGGCCACAACCCGUCAAAGAACAUCACCGUCAAAUGUCAUAGAAUUGUCGCUUAGAAAUAAAAAGCCGGUCCCAACCCGUCGAAGAACAUCACCGUCAAAUGUCAUAGAAUUGUCGCCUAGAAAUAAAAAGCCGGUCACAACCCGUCAAAGAACAUCACCGUCAAAUGAAUUGCAGACUAGAAAUGUACAGCCAGGUACAACCCAGCAAAGAAAAUCUCCGUCAAAUGGACAUCAAUGGCAGCCCUCACUCAGACCUAUGCAUGGAGAGCGGGUAUCAGUCGACGAUGAAGAUGAUGAUAAUUGUGAGAAAUAUGAGGAUCUUGAGCAUUCUGUUCAACACUCUGAAGUUUAUGAUGAGGAUGUAAGACUCACCAAGGAGAAUCUCCAACAGUUGGUUGAAAGUUUAGCACAAAAGUGGAAUCAUGUUGAAGCUGUAAGACUCACCAAUGAGGAUCUCCUACAGUUGGUUGAAAGUUUAGCACAAAAGUGGGAUCUUGUUGGUAUCUCUCUGGGCAUUGCUACUGAUGCCCUAACAAAUAUCGACAAGGAUAAUGGUAAUAACGAUAUAAUAAUGAGCUUUCAGAUGCUAGAAACAUGGCUUACGCGCUGCAAUAGUAACACAAAUACAUUUGAAAUACUCAGAGAAGCUCUUGAAAAUGCUAACUGUUUGCCUGCACUUAAAUAUCUACCAUCAGGCAAAAAGUAAAUUUCUGAGUAAAUGCAGAUGUUGUUUGGCCCCAGGCCAAUCCUCGCCAGACAGAAACCUAUGAUUUAAUGCAUUCUGGCUGGAAUGCAUUAAAUCAUAAAUUCACUGAUCAUUGCUCAUUUUCUACAUGAAAAAAAACUUUAUGAAUGUAUAUUUCAAAAUAAAUCCAUGGAUUAAAUAACCGUGUUUGAACAUUCUGUCACAUAAAAAUGAUGAUACAAGGCACUGGGGCAAUAUAAUACUUUUUUCUUUUUUCUUUUUUUUGGGGAGUGGGCAGUACUGUUUGUCUA